UAGUUGAAGAAGCAAAUUGAACUCUAAUUUGCAUUCAUGGCUUGAAAAUAAAACACCCUCAGCAUCUCCUUGUCUUGAUAUUGCUACUCUUUGGUUAAAAACCAGAUUCCUCUUUGUGUGAAAGACGGACAAUGGUAGGAAAGCGUGACAACAAGAUCAGCUCUUCUCCCACCACUAAUCAAAUGGUUCCCUUCUUCUCUCUCUCAUUGUCUCAAUUAUUACACUAACAAAAACGACCCCAUCUUUUGUUUUAUAGCUUUUGUCCAAGAAUAUCCGAAUCGUGUAGUUAACAUUUACCCUAAAACCUCCCCAUUGAAUGAUCAGAAAAUUAGCUCCACACCAAAUAAAGCAAUGGCCGAUAAGCCAAAUAUUCCCCACCCUCUCAACUGCCCCCGCUGCGAUUCCUCCAACACCAAAUUCUGCUACUACAACAACUACAGCUUCUCUCAGCCUCGCCACUUCUGCAAAUCCUGCAAGCGCUACUGGACCAGAGGCGGCACCCUCCGCAACGUCCCCGUCGGCGGCGCAUGCCGCAGAAACAAGCGCCACAAGAGAAAUCUGCCUCCGCCGCCUUCCAACAAUCUCCAAACCCCUUUGUUCCCCAGCCUUAAUGCUAAUCUCAACUUUCCCCUUUCCAGUUUUAGGGUUUCUUCAGAUGAUUCUGGAUUCGAUCGAAUCAACGGUCUCGGGUUAGGGUUUUCAUCGAAGCCGAUCCAAGUGGCUUCUUCGUCGCCUUUCGCAUCAGCUGCAAACAAUUCUGUCUUCUUCGGAUCUUCCUCCUUCUCCACAUCUUCAACAAUGGCGCCUUUGCUCCAUUACGAUGAUAGACUGGCUUGGAACCCGAACCAAACCCCGAGCCUAAACACAAACCCUAUCGAUCAGAUUAAUAUUUUUGAUCACGUAUGGAACACAAGCACAAGCAGCGCCGGGGCUUGGUUUGACCCCUCAACCAUGGGUGGCUACUCCGUUCCAUCUCUGAUUUAGAAGCUUCCGUUGUUCUUCAUUUAAUCUCAUUCAUUAACUGAUUGGGUGGAGAAUAUUAGGAUCGGAGGGAUCAUGUCAGCAGCAACAAAGUUCAGCCUGAUAUAUUUUUGACAUGGAAGGCUACUUUGCGCUGAUGAGAGGAACCUCCGAUCCUCUUCUUCUCGUAUUCGAACACAUGGAUAGGUGAACCUUGAGUUAUAAGUAUAUAUGUUAUCAUGAGAUUGUUUUUUUUUUUUUUCAUUUUGGUGUAUCAUGUGUUUAGUUUAUGUAGCAUGUUUUAGAAUUGGGGUUUACUAUAGAGUUAUACAUCUACAUCUUGAUGAGGCAAUUGGUAAAGUGUCUGUAUUUCUUCAAGAAUUUGUUUAUUUUCGGUUUUCGAGGUGGUAUACAAGAAAGAGAGAUAUUGUGGUUA